AUGGCCGGCAAGAGCAGCGGCAAGAAGAGCCGGCUAUCGGGCAGGCGGGGCCCAAAUGAUGACAGGAGCGCAAAGCGGCACAAGACCUACAGCAUCAAGCAGUUUCUGCAGCCCGCGCCGCCGCCUCUGGCGCGGGCGCAGGAUGACAGCCUGCGCGACAGCAGCGAGGAGCCAGAAGACCAGCUGCCCAGCCAGACGCCGGCAGUGGGCCUGCUGGCCGCGGCCGCUGCUGCUGCUUCCGGCCCGCAGUUCACCGCGCCCACUGCAGCAGGCGCCAAGCUGCAGACGGGACUGCUGCGCAGCCUGCAGCACCGCUUUGCGACACAGCAGGCGCUGGAGACACCGGCGGGCCUCGCAGGGGCUGCGGGCGAUAGCAACCAGCCACAACAGCAGCAGCAGCAUCUUGCCGCACUAGAGGAGGACGAAGAGGAGGAGGAAGAAGAUGGCUUUCAGAUUUUCUCACAGCUAACCUAUGAGCCCACCUUCCUUAGCCAGCGGCCGGCAGAGCUUGGCUCAGAGGCGCCCGCUGGCCAGGCCACAGCUGGCCUGGUUGCUGGUGUUGCAGACACUAGCCAGCAAGCCACCCAGACACAGCUGCUGCCGUGCAGCCAGCAGGGGGCACAGCCGGCGGCGGCUGUGGGACGCCCUGCCGCCACAGCAGCGGCGGCAGCAGAGGAGGAGGAUGGUGACGAUGGGCUGGAUUGGCCCAGUAGCCAGCUUUUGUCGCAGCACCAGCAGCAGGAAGAUGCGUUGCGGCGAGCCUCGGGCGUGUCUGCUGCCAGCCACAAAACCACGCCAGCGCUGCACUCAUCAGAGCGGGUGCAGUGUGAUGGUGUGGGCCCUUCUGGCCAGAAGAUGUUCCCGAUGUUCCGCCGUCGAGACAACCUGAAGAGGCUGUACAUUGUGCGGCACGGCGAGUCGGCAUACAACGCGGCGAUGCAGGCACGUGGCUCCAGCUGGGCAGACCCUCAGAUCUUUGACGCGCAGCUGACGGACCGCGGCAAGCAGCAGGCGCGGGCGCUGCGGCAGCAGCUGGCAGCGCUGGACCUGCCGCCAGACACGCUGUGGUUGACGUCGCCGCUGCAGCGCGCGAUGCAGACGCUGCUGCUGGCCUGCCCCACUGCCCACCUGCUGGCCCAGAGCGGCGGCUGCGAGGGCGCCAGCGCAGGCGAUGGCAGUGCUGAGAACAGCUCAGCGGCGCCCAACGGCGGCGAUGAACCGGCACCCAAGGUCAUAGUGCUGCAGUCGAUUACCGAGAAGGUGUUCACCUGCGGCGACAUUGGCCACCCUGCCAGCGAGCUGCGCAAGCGCUACCCCCAGCUGGACAGCCAGCUGGCGGUGCUGCCGGAGCUGUGGUGGCACUGCCCCGCAAACAAGCCCAACUGCGCGCUGCAGAAGUGCUUUGGCAGCCACGAGACCAAAGAGCAGGUCAUGUCGCGCAUCAGCACCUUCCGGCGCUGGCUGCAGGACCGCCCCGAGUCUGUGAUAGUGGCGGUGGGCCACAGCAGCUACUGGCGCAGCUUUGAGGAGGUGUGCCGUGGCACCAAGCCCUCUCACAUGCGCAACUGCGAGUACCGCCUCAUCAACUUCUAG